AUGCAAUCCCAGUCGCAGCCGCAGCCGCCGUCCAUCCGCGUGUAUGUCGGCACAUGGAAUGUCGGCGAGCGGCGCAUUGUUUUUGGCGAUGACACGCUCAAAGCGCUCUUCCGCGAGCCGCUCGUGGGAUCGACGCCGGCAUCCGCUGCAGACGCCGAGUCCACGGAGAGCGAGCCGCACCUGGUCGUCGUCGGGCUCCAGGAGGUCGACAUGUCCGUCAAGUCGCUCCUGCUCGCCAGCUCGUCUGCAGCGGAUUUCUGGGCAAAGGAGGUCUCGCGCGCCCUCCCGACCAGCGUGACGUAUGCCCAGAUUGCUCGUGAACGGCUGGGCGGAAUGCUGCUGCUCGUGUUUGCCUCGUCUUCGAUUGCAUUCUCGCUCGUAUCGAACAUUGCUGUGGCCAAUACUCCAUUCGGCUGGGGCGGCGUCGUCGGAAACAAGGGCAGCGUUGCCGUGCGGUUUGAAAUCGCAAACGUCUCGUUUUGCUUUGUGAAUGCUCAUCUCCCAGCCCACCAAGGCUACGUUGCACAACGUAAUGCUGCCAUCAACGCCAUUCUGAGCGGUCUGACCUUCAAUGUGCAACUCUCCGAACAGGAACGGGCAGCCGCGGCAGAGGCCUCGGAUUCCGAUUCGGCCAAACUGCUCGCGUCCGGAAAAGCCAGCGCAGCAACGUCAGGGUCUGCAGCACAAACACGGAGCAAAAGCCUGCCGGAUAGCUUGUCGGGUCGGCCUACGAGUCGGCCUGUUCUCAUUCUAGAUCACGAUAUCGUGUUUUGGUUUGGCGAUCUCAACUACCGAGUCGACACUGCCGAAACCGGCGAGCUCCGCAAGAGCGUGCAGAGCGCUAUUGACAAUCUCAAUCUUGCUGGCAUUCGCACUCGGCAGUUCUCUCUGCUCCAGCAACGUUCCAGGAGCCCACUUCCGUCCAGCAGCACUUCUGCUGCUGCAACUCUGUUCGCAUCGUCAUCUUCUUCUACUCCUGCCUCGUCCUCCUCCUCCUCCUCGUCCUCCUCCUCUUCCUCCUCGUCGGCAUCGUCGUCACUGUUGUCCGUCAACAGCAUCUCGUCUCUGAUGCCCAGAUCGCUGUCGUCCGGAAAUCUUGCCGGCGCUGCGUUGCCAGUCGCUCUCCGCCCCUAUCUCGCCCUGGAUCAGCUGAACAUUCAGCGGCGCGACUCUGGAGUGCUCGCCGGCUUUGUCGAGCCCCCGAUCAACUUUGCACCAAGCUACCGCUUUGACGUUGGCACAGACCAGCUCGAUUCGAGCAGCAAGCUCCGCCCACCAGCCUGGACGGAUCGCAUCCUGUUCCGUGGGGAUGGCAUUCGUGCCCUCAGAUACAAUUGCAUUCACGCCCUUCGGUCCAGCGACCACAAGCCCUAUCUUGCUUACGUUUUGGAUGUGCCAUAUGAGCGUGCAACAUGCAGUAUUCUGUGA